AUGUUCCUGCAGAAUGGCCCAACCCCAGACACCUAUGUACACUCCCGCUAUCUAUGUAAUACCAAUCUAUCUCUUCUUUUCCCAAUGUCCGAAGUGAGAUUAAUCAAUGCUGGACACGCGUUCAAGAUCCUAGGAAGCCCUGCACGCGUUGUGCCGGUCGACGCGUCGUGGUUCAUGCCGAACAACCCGAGAAAUGCGAAAAACGAGUAUUCCAACAACGACAGGAUCAAACUGGCCGUUUUCUUCGACUUGGAUGUCGUUUCAAAGCCCAGCCGGUUUCCACACAUGCUCCCCUCGCAGCUGGUGUUUCAAAAAGCUGUCGGAGAGUUGGGAAUCAGCGCUUCAGAUACAGUUUUGGUGUAUGACCGUAGUGGAGUUUUUUCUGGCCCUAGAGCCGCAUGGACGUUUUCUUUAAAUGGUCAUAAGAACGUCUAUCUCUUGGAUCACUAUGAAUCUUUCAAGCGGGAGUUUGAGGUCGAAACUGGCGCGGUGACGUCUGUUCCCGAACCUGUAGAAUACAAGGGAAUUAGCCAGAACGACUUUUUUGACAACUACCGGAACCAAGUAAUUGAGUUCGAGGAGUUGCACGAUAUGGUCCAGAACAAGACCCUCACCCAGGACUAUUACCUCUUUGAUGCUCGUAGUCAUGGUAGAUUUACCAGUAAAGAUCCGGAACCACGGCCCGAGAUCUCGUCCGGCCACGUUCCGGGCUCGCAGUCGCUUCCAUUCUCCAAGGUUCUCGAUUCUGACGGCCACAUGAAGUCGAGAGAGGAGCUCGUGGCGUUGUUCAAGGAGGAGUUUGGGUUGGACUUGGAGAAGCCGCUCGCAAAGAAAGCCAUCAUUGUUUCCUGCGGCACCGGAGUGUCUGCGGUCAUUCUUCGCACGGCGAUCAAAGUGGUCGACGAGAAGAUUCCUGUCCGGGUGUAUGAUGGGUCUUGGACCGAGUGGGCUCAGCGGGCGCCAGACUACAUUGACAAAGAUGAAUAA